AUGCGUCUCUCAUUUGUCCUGUCUUUGAUGCCUCUUGCAGGCUUCGUUGGAGCUCUCCACGUCACUGAACCGGAGGAGGGUGCCGAUGUCAAGGCUUCGAGCUCUUUGACAGUCAAGUGGACUUCUGUGAACACCGAUGCCUCGAGCUUCAAUCUUUACCUGGUCAACAACGCGGUAUACCCCCCCGUUAGCAAAAAACUUGCGACGGAUGUGGAAACAUCCAAGGGCUCCUACACGAUUGAUAAUAUCGGCAGCGUCACUGCAGGACACGGCUACCAGAUUAACCUGCAAUCUGACGUGUCCCAGGACACCGGGAUUCUUGCCCAGUCGCAGCAGUUCAAUGUGACUGGCUCCAGUCAGAGCUCUUCGGCUUCGGGGAGCACCUCAUCCUCCAGUACUACCUCGACCUCUGGCUCUACCACAAGUACCUUGACUGACACUCUCAUCACCACCACCUCAGCGAGCACUGCUACUGGCACGACCACUGUCACUGGCACUACUUCGUCGACUGGUGCCUCUUCUAGCAGUACCUCCUCAGCGACCGCUGCUCCCGCGACCGGUGCCGGUGCUGCUCUCGUCGCACACUCGAUCGCUGCCGCUGGUCUUCUGGCCGGUGCUUUGGCUCUCAACCUCUAA